AUGCCUCUUCUUCCUUCGUGGGGCCUCGCCGGCCCCCGCCCCCGCCCCAGACUAGCGGUCGUGGCAGCAGCAGCAACAACUGUAGCAGCAGCAGCGGUGGCAGCUGCAGCAGAAUUUGGUGUUACUACACCUGAACAGAUCAUUACAGCUUCGCAUGGAGAGCAUGAGGGUUCCUCAAUUAGUACUGUUAAUGAGGGGGGAGGAGGUUUCUCCUUGGGGUACCCUGCGGUGUCAGAGGAACAACCCCAUAGUCUUGACGGUCAAUUGACAAUUCCUCCAGUUUUCCCCCCACCAGAAAGUCUUGCAAUUGGUGGAUCGGGUGAUCUUCUUGCUGGGGUCGACUUUGCAAACGAGGUGCAGCAGGUGACCCGGAAUCCGCAGGAGCAGCAGCAGGAGCAGCAGCAAGGGGAGCAGGAGCAUCACCAAGAGCAGCAGGAGGGUGGAGAGGCUUUAUUGGAGGAGGAUAAAGCGGAAGAGAGGGAGACCGCAGACACUGCAAAGAUUGCUGGUCCGCGUUUGCGAGUUCGUGGCCUGUUGGGUUUGAGCAUAGCCUCCUCAAUUAUAAAGCAUUGUUGGAGGAAAGGGGGGCAAGAUUAUCCCCGUCUGAUGGCAGCGGGAUUCGGGUUUGCUGCGGUUGCAUUUCUGGAGUUGUUGUAUACUCUUUUUGAUCAUUUUUACCGCAAGAGGCGCCAGUUCCGUGCAGCAAAGAAUGCAGUCUUAGGAAGCGCCCCGUCUGAAAGACGCACCAUUAUAAAGGACAAUUUACGUAAAUAUGAAUAUCCUGUAGCUAGUCUUUCUCGCGUCUUCCUUUUUAUCCUCCCGCCUCUUUCUCUAGCCUUUCUUUUGUACUCUACAUCUGCCCAGGCCAAUGCGGGCCUACGAGGUGUCGCCUCCACAUUCGAGCAUCAUUUUUUCGUCUUUGGCGCACUUCUUGCCGCCCUCAUCUAUUCUCUUCGCAAAGUCUUUGGUGAUAUGGUGUACAGAAGACGAAUGAAGAAGAAGCUCGCAUCCUAA